AUGCCUGCUUUGGCGUCAGGAGAGCAGGCAGAUGGAAGCCAUUCAACAACGAUACAAAAGCAACAAAGCAGAACCGUGCCCAAACUCACCACCCCUUCACCUCUCUCCCCCUUCACCUCUCUCCCUUCACCUUCACCUCUCUCCCUUCACCUCUCUCUCCGUCACCUCUCUCCCUAUCACCUCUCUCCCUUCACCUCUCUCCCUUCACCUCUCUCCUUCACCUCUCUCCUUCACCUCUCUCCCUUCACCUCUCUCCCUUCACCUCUCUCCCUUCACCUCUCUCCCUUCACCUCUCUCCUUCACCUCUCUCCCUUCACCUCUCUCCCUUCACCUCCUCUCUCUCCUUCACGUCUCUCCUUCACCUCUCUCUUCACCUCUCUCCCUUCACCUCUCUCCCUUCACCUCUCUCUCCUUCACUCACCUCUCUCUCUCCUUCACCUCUCUCCCUUCACCUCUCUCCUUCACCUCUCUCCUUCACCUCUCUCCUUCACCUCUCUCCUUCACCUCUCUCACCCUUCACCUCUCUCCUUCACCUCUCUCCUUCACCUCUCUCCUCAACCUCUCUCCCUUCACUGUCUCUCCUUCACCUCUCUCCCUUCACCUCUCUCCUUCACCUCUCUCCUUCUCCUUCACUCUCUCUCUCCUUCACCUCUCUUCACCUCUCUCCCUCUCACCUCUCUCCCUCUCACCUCUCUCCCUUCACUACCUCUCCUUCACCUCUCUCCCUUCACCUCUCUCCCCUCUCUCCCUCUCUCUCUCCCCCUUCACCUCUCUCCCUUCACCUCUCUCCUUCACCUCUCUCUCUCCUUCACCUCUUCCCCUCUCACUCUCUCUCCUCUUCACCUCUCUCCCUUCACCUCUCCUCUUCACCUCUCUCCCUUCACCUCUCUCCUUCACCUCUCUCCCUUCACCUCUCUCCCUUCACCUCUCUCCUUACCUCUCUCCCUCUCCCCUCAUCCUCUCCCUUCACCUCUCUCCUUCACCUCUCCCUCUCCCAUUCUCUCCCUUCACCUCUCUUCCUCCCCUCUCCUCCCUCUCCUCCUCUCCCCUCUCUCCCUCUCUCCUCUCCUCCCUCUCCUCUCACCUCCUCUCCCCUCCUCUCUCCCCUCCUCCCUCUCUCCCCUCUCCUCUCUCCUCCUCUCUCCUCCUCUCACCUCUCCUCCUCUCUCUCCUCUCUCCUCCCUCCUCCUCUCUCUCCCUUCACCUCUUCCCCUUCACCUCUCUCCCUUCACCUCUCUCCUUCACCUCUCUCCCUUCACUGUCUCUCCCUUCACCUCUCUCCCUUCACCUCUCUCCCUUCACCUCUCUCCUUCACCUCUCUCCUUCCCCUCUCUCCUUCACCUCUCUCCCUUCACCUCUCUCGGACAAUGCUAA